AUGUGGUUCAGCUCUUCACUUGCCUAUACGGCUGCCAUCUGUACGCUUGCUGGUCGAGGUGCAGAUGCUGCCAUUACACUAGACUUGACAUCAGAUGCGUCGAUAAAGCAAGCAGCAGCGUCCGCAGCGUACAAUAUGAUGAGUUAUUAUACUGGGAACCACACAGGAGACAACCCGGGGAAUUUACCUGCACCGUAUUAUUGGUGGGAAGCUGGAGCGAUGUUCGGAACCAUGGUCAAUUAUUGGUACUAUACGGGCGACAAAUCCUACAUUGACGUGACAUCACAAGGCCUAUUAAGUCAGAUUGGAGAGGACUAUGACUACAUGCCGGAGAAUCAAACGAAGACAGAGGGAAACGACGAUCAAGGGUUCUGGGGAUUGGCAGCGAUGACAGCGGCGGAGACAAAAUUUCAAGAUCCACCUGAUGGGCAGCCGGGAUGGCUCGCACUUGCCCAAGGUGUUUUCAAUACACAAGCAGCUCGGUGGGACGGAGCGAACUGCAAUGGAGGACUCAGGUGGCAGAUAUUUACCUUCAAUAACGGGUACGACUACAAGAACAGCAUAUCGAAUGGUUGCUUCUUCAACCUUGCUGCGAGAUUGGCUUUAUACACGGGGAAUUCAACGUAUGCGGAUUGGGCUACUAAGACUUUCGACUGGGUCAAUAGUGUGGGGUUGAUGGGGUCAGAUUUCAAGGUCCAUGACGGUACACGAAUUGGAGACAACUGCACAGCCAAGGAUAAUAAUAUGUGGACGUACAACUCAGGUGUAUAUCUGCUCGGUGCUGCAGCAAUGUAUAACUAUACAAACGGCAGCACGUUAUGGCAAACCCGCGUACAGGGCCUUGUCGAUGCCGGGCAAGAUUUCUUCACUGAUGGUGUCCUGUUCGAGCCCUGCGAAAGCAGUAAAUGUAAUAUCGAUCAAAAGUCCUUCAAGGCGUACUAUAGCCGGUGGACGGCAGCAACUACACAGAUCGCACCCUUCACCAAAGACACCAUCAUGAAGCGGAUAUCUACUUCAGCAACAGCAGCAGUGAAGACUUGCACAGGAGGGACUAACGGCAAUGGCUGCGGCAUGAGUUGGACAACGGGUGUAAACGAUGGAAGUCUAGGCGUAGGCGAGCAAAUGUCGGCCCUCGAAGCUAUCCAGAGCAACUUGGUAGGAAGUGCUGCGGCCUGGGUCAGUGCCGUGAAAGGUACGGGUACCAGUGAAGGAAAUGCAGAUGCAGGUUCGGACCAAACGCACGAUGAAAGCAAGGUUACUUCGAAACCAAUCACUACAAAAGAUAGAGUUGGGGCGGGGAUUUUCACGGCUUUAAUUUUGAUUGGUGUUGUGGGGGGUUCAGCUACAAUGAUGAUUUCGGAGUGA